AUGGCGUCAUCAUCAUCUUCUCCUUCUGCUCCAGCCUUUUCUUCUCAAUCAUGGAAUCAUGAUGUUUUCCUUAGUUUCAGAGGAGAAGAUACCCGCAAGACUUUUGUUGAUCAUCUCUACUCAGCUCUUGUUCUACAAGGGAUCGACACUUACAAGGAUGAUGAAACAGUUGGUCAGGGUGAAUCGAUCCGUCCAUCCCUUAUGAAGGCUAUUGAGGAAUCACAGAUAGCCGUCAUUGUAUUCUCUAUAAACUAUGCAGAUUCAUCGUGGUGCUUAGAUGAACUUGCACAUAUUAUGAAAUGCAAGGAUACAACAGGGAAAAUCGUUAUGCCAAUAUUUUAUGACGUAGAUCCAUCUACAUUACGAAAACAAAAAGGAAAAUAUGGAGAAGCAUUUGCCAAACAUAAGUUGGAGAACAAGAACAAAGUUGAAUCUUGGAAAAAAGCAAUUGUCGAUGCAAGUAACCUUUCUGGAUGGGAACCCAAGAACAUUGCCAAUGGGCAUGAAUCAAAGGCUAUCAAAGAAAUUGUUGACAAGAUUUCAUCCAGGUUGCAGCUAGUAACUGCAACUGCAAAUGAGAAGCUAAUCGGAAUGUCUGCUCGCGUGCAACGUUUAAAAUCGGAGUUACAAAUAGGAUCGAGUGGUGUGCGAAUGAUUGGAAUAUGGGGGGUUGGAGGCGGUGGCAAGACUACUCUUGCAUCUUGUAUAUAUGAUGAAAUCGGUAGAAAAUUUGAUGGAAAGAGCAUUGGAGGAGGAAGAAGCUUGAUAGAUAAGAGGUUGCGCAAUAGAAGGGUUUUGAUUGUUCUUGAUGAUGUCGAUGAACUUGAGCAACUAGAAGUGUUAGCUGGAUCACCGGAUUGGUUUGGGGAAGGAAGCCGAAUACUAAUCACAACUAGAGAUGAGCAUCUAUUAAAUGCUCACAAAGUUAUGGUACACGAUGUUAGCUUACUAAGCAGUGAUGAGGCUAUCAAGCUGUUUCGCAAGCAUGCAUUCCGGGGUUGCUUACCCAUGAAAGAUUAUGAGGAGCUUUCAGAAGAGGUGGUCUCUUAUGCUGGUGGGCUUCCAUUAGCACUUACAGUUCUCGGUUCUUCUCUCUGUGACAAAAACAUUGAUCAGUGGAAAAGUGCAAUAGCCAGACUGAAAGAUGUCCCAGAUGAUAAGGUUUUGGAAAAGCUAAAAGUCAGCUUUGAUGGACUUACAAAGAUUCAGAAAGACUUGUUCCUUGAUAUUGCAUGCUUUUUUAGGUGGCAGCAGAAAGAUUGGGCGAUGGAGAGGCUUGAUGCAUGUGGUUUUCAUCCUGUUAUAGGAGUAGAGGAGUUGAGACAAAAGGCUCUCAUAACUAUUUCACGUGGAUGUUUUGAUAUGCAUGAUCUGGUCCAAGAAAUGGGACACCACAUUGUCAGAGGAGAACACCCUAAGAAUCCUGAGAAACAUAGCAGAGUUUGGUUGAAGGAAGAUGUUCUAAGAUUAUGUGCUAUGGAUGCAACGAUGGAUCUUGACAAGAUUGAAGCAAUACAAGCCAGUUUCCUUAGCUUCACUGAACUCACACAAUAUGAAGGACCUCUUCCUCCUGAGGUUGUUGAACAUUUUAGAGUUCCAGCUAACAGAGAGCCUCUUUCUCCAAUUCUUGCAAAUAUGAGGAACCUUCGGUAUAUUGAAUGGAAAGGUGAUCCUGCAAAUCCAUUGCUAAAUAAUUUUCCACCAAAGGAGCUUUGUUGUCUGAUAUUGCGCAGUUCCACUCAAGACCAACUUUGGAACGGUUAUAAGGUGCUGCGAAAUCUGAAGACAAUGGAACUUUACGAUUUGGAUAACCUAAUCAUGACACCAAAUUUUGACGGAAUUCCAUAUCUCGAAAUAUUCAGGCUUUCUAGAUGUCCGAAAUUAGAAGAGAUUCAUACUUCGUUUGGAGGGUUGGACAGGCUUGUUUGCUUAAGUAUAGAAGAGUGUUUGGGUAUUAAGAAAUUUCCAUCCAUUACCGGACUAAAGAAACUCGAGACUCUUUCAUUUAGAGUGUCACCUGGAGUUUUUGAGCUCUCAGAGAUCCAACAGAAGAUGGAGAAUUUGGGAGAUGAAGACAUGAGCUCUGCUGUUGCGGAGUUGUCCAAGUUGAACCUGAACCUGAACCCGAACCCCAUACGGUCAUGUUUUUUUCGCAGAGACUUAAUAAAGUUGAAUCUAAGUGCUUGCAGUUUGGAAGAUGAAGACAUCAUGAGCUGUGUUGUUUGGGAGUUACCCAACGUGCAAGAACUCAAUCUAUCAGACAAUAACUUUUCACGUUUAGAUUUCAGUCUCAUGAGACUUCCUCGACUCAAAUUCCUUGAUGUGUCAACUUGCAUGUACCUUGUAGAAUUAUCAGGGCUCCCAUCAAGCAUAGCUGUCCUUAUAGCACUCUUCUGUCUCUCUCUUAAAACCUUCGGAGAUACUUCAAACUGUAAAUGGCUAUGGAAAGUCUCUCUUUAUGGGGCGUGUGAAGUAGAUCCACUUGAUGGUUGGAUGUUCCUGAUGUCCAUGUUCGAGGGAAACGCUAUUGAAGAUCACUUCAUCAGUGGCACGCUUCAAUAUCCGAUUCCAAUAGGGGGUUUAGGGAGGCUCUUUUGGGGGAACACAUUUACACGGCGUCUUCCACAUGGUUGGUACAAUGACUAUUCUGGGUUCUUACUACGCGCUGUUACCUUCAGCCCAUAUCCAGAAUUUGAUAUAAUCAUCAAGCAGGAGGUACAUGAGGAUUCUCGAUUUGAGGAGUAUAUCGAAGAACUGGAGCCUGUUUUAGAUCCAAGGGCCACAGUAACAUAUGUGGGAUAUGUUUCCUUUAAUUCAUUGAGGAGCACUGCAUGCUUGAAUUCAACAUACAAUUCGAUUUCCUUUUCUGGAAUUUUGGCAGAUAGAGUCGGAGUUGAACUCGUUUGUAGGAAAAGUAAAGAUCAAACAACAAAAAAACGCAGCAGAUUGCUCAGAAUUUUGGGAUCAGGAAACUAAUUAUAGAUCCACAUUCACAAUCGAGCAUGAUUCAAAGUCCUCUAUUAAGAUUAAAUGGCUAGCUAAUUAAUUAGGACAACAACAUCCAACAAUCCAAUAUCUCCAUCCACAGAUACUUCUAUGAAUUUCUUGUGAACCAAAAAAUUCAAAAAUGACUUUUGGAUAUGUAAUUAUGUAUCCGCCGCGGUUGUUUCCCGUUUCCAUCCGUGUCUCCAAUUCCCUUUAUUUUUAAGUUGUUUGUUUAUACGGUUUGUGGUUUCUCCCUAUAUAUAUACAUUAUAUAAGUAUAUCAAUGGACAUGCUAUUUAUGAACAGUAGCAGGGG